UUUUUAAAAAGGGUCCUAACAUAGAACCCGGGGAACAUAGGACCCGGCGGGGAACAUAGGGAUGACCCCGUAAUAACGACUGCACAAAUGGGAAUACCCUUACUUCCACGGAGCACAUGAAGCGAAUGCUUCUAAAACAGUGUGUUUGACGGGCCUUUAUUAUGCAGUAAUAAAGGCCCUUUAAAAUAAACAACUAAAUUGGCUGUUGCCUACGUUGCGUGGCGGUGUGACUAGCCUACUUGGAACAGACUUGGAAGCAUUGGAAGGCAUCGACAAAAUGGCCGGCCUGGCCCACAUCGCAGAUGCUAUAGAUGAAAUCCUGAGAACUGAAGUUGGGACCGAUCACCUUCUCCUAUUUCUCGAAAACAUUAGCCAUGUGCUGACAAUUGAAGCAGCCGAAGGGGAUUUGCCCGAUGAGGAACGGGUCUUUCAGCUUUUAUCCAUGGCCAUUCAUGAGCUCGAUGGAGCACGUAUGCAAGCCAUGUCAAGGGAGCAGCUGCUUUAUCUCCUGGAGAGCCACUUCAAAGUUGGAGACAUUGCGAAACAGCUUGGAGUAAGCAAGCGGACCAUUCGAAGGAGGAUGACUGAAUAUGGUCUGUCUGUGAGACAGACAUAUUCAAACAUUACAGAUGAAGAACUCUGCAGAGUUAUAUUCCAGUUCAUCUCAAAUUGCCCAAAUGCAGGUAUAAGGACUGUGACUGGACAUCUGAAUUCUCUGGGAAUAAGAGUCACACAGCACAGGGUUCGUCAGGGUCUGAAAGCUGUUGAUCCGGUUGGUAAUUUUCUCCGUGGGCUUCAGUUAAACACGGUUCCAAGGGUUCCAUACAGCGUUCCGGGUCCUCUCUCCCUGUGGCACAUUGAUGGGAAUCAUAAACUGAUACGGUGGAAAAUUGUAAUACAUGGAGGUAUUGAUGGAUACAGCCGGCGGAUUAUGUUUCUCAGUGCCAAUACCAACAACAGGGCUUCCACUGUACUCCAGUGUUUUCUGACUGCUGUCGCUGAACAUGGUUUGCCACAACGCGUACGAAGUGACAAGGGAGGAGAAAAUGUUGAGGUGGCCAGGUUCAUGCUUGAACAUCCAGAACGGGGCCCUGACAGACGUAGCCACAUCACAGGGAAGAGUGUUCACAAUCAGAGGAUUGAAAGGCUGUGGCGUGAUGUGUGGGUCAUGGUGGUGUCAAACUACUACCACACCUUCAGGUACCUGGAAGAGGUUGGAUUGUUGAAUCCCGAUGAAGAUAGCCACAUCAUCUGUCUCCACUACAUCUUCCUACCAAGACUGAACUGGCAUCUGAGGGAGUUCAUCAAGAUGUGGGACAGGCAUCCCCUUUCAACAGAGGGAAACAGGUCCCCACAACAACUAUGGGUGGCUGGCUUGCUUUUGGAGCCACAACAGGAUCUUCAUCUGGCUGAUGCUACAAACUGGGGCAUUGACUGGGAAGGACCUGUUGCAGAACCUGACCCAGUGGCUGUGGUUCAGGUUUUACCAGUCCAUUCAGACCUGCAGCAGACAAUUGAGGAGCAUUUAAGGGGUACGAUUGAUCCAUACAUGACCAGUGACGUCUUCGGCAUGGACCUUUACUGGCAAGCUUUGUCACUUGUUGCACAGCUUCACUUACCGGACUAGUUCUGCUAUUUUGUGCUAUAAGUGAGCAAACUAUUUAUGUGACAGUUUGGGUUGAUGCAUCCAAUUUGGGGUUGGCUCAUUUAUGUCAGGGUGUGGGUGUUUCCCUGUGUUUCCCUCCUGUGUUGAUUACUGUUCCCUCCCCUAAUGUGUCUCAGCUGUUCCUCGUUGUGUUUGUUAUUUAAGCCCUCGUCUUUCCUUUGUUCCUUGUGCUGUCAUUGUGGUUUGCUGUGGUUAGUGUUGGUUGUUAGUCCUGCGUGUUCCGUGUUCCUUGUUCCCUCUCGAGUUCCCUGUUGUCUCCCGAGUUCCCUGAUUCCUGUGCCUUAGCCUUUAGGUUUGAUUAAAGUGCCGUUUUCCUCAA